CUCAUGGCCGCGGCGGGCGGGCCUGGGCCCACCUGUGUGCUGGGCAUUGACCUGGGCACGACGUCGGUGAAGGCAGCGCUGGUGACAGGGACAGAGCGGGGACUGCAGCUGGCACAGAGCUGCUCCAGGGAGACGCAGGCACGCGGCGAUAACCUGGGAGCUGCACCGCAGGAAAUGGAGCAGGAUGUCCAGAAAAUCAUAAAAGCAUUGAAUGAAUGUCUUGUGGCUCUGCCUCAGCAGCAGCUUCAGCAAGUCACCCACGUUGGUAUUUCUGGACAAAUGCAUGGGGUUGUGUUUUGGAAAAGUGAUAAAGGUUGCAAGUGGUCAGAGAGUGACACAGGCCCUGCCUUUGAGCCAGACCAGGUCAGCUACCUGGUCACCUGGCAGGAUGGUCGCUGCAGCCCCACCUUCCUCACUUCCCUUCCCCUGCCACAGUCCCACGUGAGCCUGGCUACAGGAUUUGGGUGUGCCACAAUCUACUGGUAUUUAAAGAACAGUCCAGAUUUUCUGAAGGCUUAUGAUGCAGCUGGCACCAUCCAGGACUACGUGGUUGCCAUGUUGUGUGACCUGAAGAAGCCACUCAUGUCUAUCCAGAAUGCUGCCAGCUGGGGAUAUUUUAACUGCAGAAACAAGAGCUGGAAUACUGACAUACUGGAAAAAUCCAGCUUUCCUGUCCACUUGCUUCCAGAGGUGGGAGACCCUGGCAGCAUUGCAGGCAGGACAACCCGUGCAUGGCAUGGAAUACCCAAAGGAGCAAAAGUAGGAAUUGCUCUGGGAGAUUUCCAGUGCUCUGUUUAUUCUUGUCUGACUGAGAGGACUGAUGCAGUUCUUAAUAUCAGCACCUCUGCUCAGCUGACCAUCUCAAUGCCCCUGGGUUUCCAGCCUCCAGAGGCACCAGAUCCUUCCUCAGCUGUCACUUAUUUUCCCUACUUCGAUGGUGACUACUUGGCAGUGGCAGCAUCACUCAAUGGAGGGAAUGUGCUUGCAACGUUUGUGGGAAUGGUGGCACAGUGGGCACAAGAGCUGGGAUUUCAGGUUCAGGAAUCUGCCAUCUACCCAAGGAUAAUCCAAGCAGCCUUGGCCCAAAAGCACAGCAAGCUCUCAGUCCACCCAACCAUAUUUGGAGAGAGACACCUUCCUGAGCUGUUGGCAUCAGUGAGCAGCAUUGGUGCCUCUGAGCUGUCCCUGGGCCAUGUCACCAGAGCCCUGUGCCGUGGCCUUGUGGAGAACCUCUGCUCCAUGUUACCUGUGCAGCACCUGGAGGAGAUGGGGGUGAGGAGGAUCCUGGGCAGUGGCAGUGCCCUUGCCAGGAAUGAGGUGCUGAGGCAGGAAGUGGAGAGGAUUUUUCCAUUCCCUGUGCUUUAUGGGAAGGAUGUGGAUGCUGCUGUGGGGGCAGCUAUGGUGAUGUUCCAUAGUAAAUAA